AUGGAGCACUACCUCCCGACAGAGACGCUGUUUGACAUCUUUGCACGACUACCCGUCAAGUCACUCUUGCGCUUCAGGUGCGUCUCUCCGCUAUGGUGCAACAUCAUCGACGAUCCAUCCCUUGCUUACAUGCACCGGCUCCGGUGCGCUGAAGAGCCUAAAGUUUUACUUCUUGAUCCUCCCACUGACCAACCGGUACCGGAGGUGAUGUUUGGAGAAGAUGGGAUGUUCUUGAAGGCCAGUUUGAAUUUACUCACGAGGUUUGCAGAUUCCAAAGAAUAUUUUCUACAGGGCUGGUGUAAUGGUUUGCUCUGCUUCACAAAAAAGUUCUGUGCCGACAGCCCUCUGUUUUUGCUUAAUCCUCUGAGGCAAGAAGUUGUACAAGUGCAACCACCAUCACCAUGGAUAGACAAGCCCCAAUACAGCUGGCUGAGGAGAGUAUAUGGUUUAGGGUUUGACUCUUCAACAAAUACGUACAAGAUUGUUGGACUCUUGUGCGGUAUAUCGGCUCAAGUGUACACUCUUGGAGGCUCGUGGAGAGCCAUUACCGAAGGUCAAGGACCUCCUUGUGCUGUGUUUGGAUGGCCUAUAUACGCAUGUGGAGCGCUUCAUUGGCUUGUUAAACUUGGUGCCGGCACUGAGGGUGAUCUAGGUAGAGGCAAGAUUGUUUAUUUUGAUGUUGGGAAGGAGGAAUUUGGGUUGAUUUCUCGACCCGAAUUUCGCCCGAGUCAUUUAGUUGAUCUCAGAGGAGACUUGGCCAUUGUUGAUCGGUCAUCUGAUAAGGAUAUUAAGGUAUGGGUAAUGAAGGAAUAUGAGAAGAAAGAGUGGGUCAAAGAAUACAAGAUUGGUCUGGCAGGGGUGCCCCGUAAAGCACAAGUUCGAGUCAUGGGGCUAUGUGAACAUGGUGAAAUACUACUGAAGCUGAAGCAGAAGAAGAAGCAGGACAAAUCUAGAAAUAAUUAUUUGUUCUAUAAUCCAAAGACAGAUAUGCUAAAGUACAGCCACAUUCCAAGCCUCAAUGGAGACACACAAGUCCUAUGUCACAUGAGUACCCCGCUAUCAGUAGCUAAGUUUCGGGCAGCAGAGUAA